UAUAAGCGAAAAGGAUAAAAUUAUUCAAUCAAUUGCAAACAUUCUGUUAGAAAUCAAUGAAACAAGAAACCUGGAUAUAAUAACAGAUGCCUUUAAAAUUAUAUCUGGUGAGAUGUCUCCAUUAAGUCCAAAAAAGUCACCUCCAGAAGGUCUAUCUCCUGUGUUUGAACCAGCAAGUAUAGAUGAUAAAAUAUCAAAUGAUUUUGAUAAAGAAUUAACAGAAUCUGAAAUGGACAGCAUUCCUUCAGGAAGAAAAAGUCCAAUUAUACAAAAUAAAAAGUUUCGCACUACUUCAGCUGUAGCCAUAAAUAAUGUUGUUCAAGAAAAAAAGAAAUGUCCUGAAAUUUGGCCAACACCAGAGAAGAAAAUGUUAAAGCUGGUAUUUACAACACCAGGGAGACAAAAAUCAAAUGCCAAACUUAGGCAAGCUCGCUUGAACUUUGUUAAGGAAAAAGCAACAACUAUUGUGGAUUUAACAUGUUCUCCAAAGGAUUCUGACUAUAACUCCAAUGGCAUUUCACAGGAUGUAAAGAAGGAAUUAUUUGAAAAUGAAGAUACAAUUCUCCCAUCCCCUACAAGUGGAUCUAUAAAUUUCUCUUCUGGAUAUAAAUCAUUAUCCAGAAGCAGUCCUAGAAAAACGAAAACACUAUCAUUAAGUAAAUUAAAAAGUAAAGAAGCUAUUUGUGACAAUAAAGAAAACAAAUUUAUUAAAAUUGAAGAUAUUACUGCAGAAGUUAGUGUUUUGAAAGAAUCCAAUAAAUUAAAUACACCAAAAAAAACCUGUACCUCACCGUCUAAAUUCAAAUUGAAAUCAGAAUGUACUUAUGAUGAUGAAAAUUUAUCUAAAAUAACAGCUCCUAAAGAAGUUGAAGAAUCUAUUAAUAUUCUAAGCAAUUUUCCAAACAGGUUCGCUGAAAGUCCUAAACCUCAAAGUCCAAUGUUACACUUACAGUGUAAAGAAAACAGUCAAGAUGCAAAUGAAAGUAUAUCUUUGUUGCAAAGAAUUAAUCAGUUCGACAGGAAACAAGAUGGGCAACCAAGCAGCCCAAUCAAAAGACCAUCUUCACCGAGUGAUAUACCAGCCAGUUUGUCAGUACUUGACAACAAUUUCGCAACAAAAGCAUUUAAUAACAAAGAUUCUAUCAAAAGAACAAAACCAGUUCCAGUUGAAUCAAUAUUUAAAGAGCCAACUGUGAGGAAGAAAGCCGAGAAACUUGCAUUACCUGGAUGGAGUUGUGAUGAAUGUAAACAGUUCUACGAUGAACUAUACAAGGACAAUCCAGAAAUGUUGCGUCAGAAGAUGUCAGAGUGCUCGCGGCACCGCGGCCGGCGAGACCCCGCGCGGCCCCGCACGCCGCCCGGCUACUGGCAGCCCCGCUGGGAUGUGCCGCAGGACACUGACGACUUCAACAGACUCAACAAUGCUAUAUGACACUACAACCUCACAACAGCAAGCAAAUGUAACUCAACCCAACUAAAUAAAACCCAAAAACUGUGACUCGGCAAUAGUAAGUACAUAAAAAUAAAUGUUAAUGUAUGUGUAUAAUUAUUUGUAAAAGAGAAUAAAGUUGAUUUAAUUAUUUUUGUUAUUUUUUUAUUAUUUCAAAGUUUAAGGGCCUGUCCCACCACUGGCUGAUAAGCUGUAAGGGAAGAAAAUAUGAUAUUUCCAACACAUAUUUUAGAUGUUCAAUUUUUAUCAAUUUGUUGGGACAGGCCCUUAACCUCCAUCUAUAUGGAUAUUCAAGGUAAGGACUGACUGCAGAUUAUAUACAAUGCUAUAAACAAGAAACAGUUGUCUAAAACAAAAUGCAUGAAUAUACAAAGCCUCAAACACUUUGUAGUUAAGUUUCUUUAUAACAUGACCUCUUUAUUCAACUGAGUAAAUUGAAUAGAAAUUGUUUAAUUUACAAUUGGACCUAGUCUUUGGCUUUCUCUAAGAUUUUGGCAGUUAUUAUUUAUAUUUAUAACUUUUAAAGAUGUAUAAAAAACUUUUUAUAACAUUUUUGAGUAUGAAAACAUUCCAACACAAAAAUCAAAAGCUUUAUUGUCAGCUUGGAGUAAUUUUCUUUGCAACACAAUUUCCUUUUAAAGAGCACACAAGGUUAAUUAGGUCAGAUCUCAGUGACUUGCAAUAUCAAACAUUGAGUAAAAACACAUACAAAUUAUGCAUUCAACUUGAGUAAACAAAUAUUUUGUAUUGGAAUUUUAACAGUAAAAUUCAAGGAAGGAUGUCAUAAGUCAUUGAACUCUAAAAAAAUGCAAUACAAAUAUAUAUUGUUCAAUAUAUGUGUAAACUAGCUGGUUUCUGUUUAGAACGUUCGACAUGUUUUUUUCUUUAGAAAGUUCUAGAAGCUUUCUACAAUUCUAUGACUAAUGUAAUUUUGUAUAUGUACCUUUCAAUUGAAAAUACUAAUGUAUUUGUGUACAUUAAACAUGCAAAUAAAUUUCAAAGGUGGGGGGUUUCAAAACAAACAAUAAUAUAGGAGAACGGCUUUUAUUCUCAAUAAAACAGAAUGUUAUAAUUUGUCACUAGCUUAAGUUAGACAAAAAAAAAAAGAAAAUCUGUAAAAU